AUGCGUGUUGUUAUACAGAGGGUUAAAAGAGCUAUAUUAAGUGUAAGAAAAGAAAAUAUUGGAGAAAAUGAAAAAGAAUUAGAAAUUAUUAGCGAAAUAAAGAAUGGGUUAAUAUGUUUUUUAGGUAUUCAUAAAAAUGAUACAUGGGAAGAUGCUUUAUAUAUAAUUAGAAAAUGCUUAAACUUGCGUUUAUGGAAUAAUGAUAACAAAACAUGGGAUAAAAAUGUUAAAGAUUUAAAUUAUGAGCUUUUAAUUGUUUCACAAUUUACUUUAUUUGGUAAUACAAAAAAAGGAAAUAAACCAGAUUUUCAUUUAGCAAAGGAACCAAAUGAAGCUUUAAUUUUUUAUAAUAAAAUAAUAGACGAAUUUAAAAAGCAGUAUAAUGACGAUAAAAUCAAAAUAGGGAAAUUUGGAAACUAUAUGAAUAUCGAUGUAACAAAUGAUGGUCCUGUAACUAUAUAUAUUGAUACCCAUGAUAUAAAUCUAAAUAAAUAA